AUGAGUGUGAACGCACUCCUUCGUGGGACAUUGGUUAUGGUCCUAGUGCUGCUUUCUUCCAAGGCAUUUAUUUGGAAAGGCGUUUACUCCAACAAGGAUAUUCCAGUUAUCGCAAAGCUGUUCGGCGAGCCGGAUGUAUUCGAUCUGAGUUGGCGUCAUAAUGCUGUACUGGUCCGACGUGCUGCUAGAGCCGGACGAUUAUCUCGCCAAGCUGCUGUUGAUGUUAUGGCUAGCGACCCAGUGGUUACGAUGCCUGUUGAUUCGGCUAUGAAUACUAGUGAGGCUGCUGCUCAAACUAAUUGUCGGUUGUUCAUAAGCAACCUGAGUUAUGAUGCUAGUGAGAAGCAGGUCCUGGAUGCACUCAGGAGUAUUCUGAAGCUUUCUGGGCAUCAACUGAGUGGUGAAUUAGAUGGUGAGGAAGAGAGGGCUGAGAUUAAGUUGGAUUAUGUGUUGGACGCCGAGAGACCAUCUUCUACGGAUCCUGGACUCGGUCGACGAGCUGCAAUAGCGAGAGACGUGGCUACGUGUCAGAGACUCCGUGAGAUGGGUGGUUCGUGGUAUGAUGAUUUUGAGAAGGAGUUGCAAGAUAUGGAGGCUAAGGGAUACAUACGGCCGUUAACUCCGGCUGAAGUACGGGAGGAUUUUCCUGUGGCAAGCACCGUCUUGGCACUACGUCCAGGUCAUAAGACCCAACCUGUUCGUAUUACUAUCGAUGCUCGUGGUAUUAAUGCUCGGCUCGACUCUGGCGAUGUUAGUAUGCUACGUAAGGCUCUUAAAGUUAUCCUACCGCGGAGUAGAAUGGCCCCCUUCGUAGCUUUCGAAGACGUGGUUAGAGCAUUCCCUCAACUACUACUACAUAUUCCUGAUACUGUUAGUCUCAUUUUCAGGAUUCUCAUCAGUCGACGUGAUCGUGGUGGUCAGUUGUUGCUCUCCCAGGCUAAUAUGCACUGUCAGCCAGCCAAAAGCAUCGAGCUAUCUGAUCCGACUUUCAUGGAACGACCUGACAAUCCAAAUGAUUACAGGGUUCCCGGUCAAUCAUCUAGUUUGGUACAACUCGGGUUGUUAGCCUAUCUGUAA